AUGGAUCCUUCUAGUAAAGACCAUGAUUCUUUUUUAGAGCACUCUCAACCACAUCAUAGCAACCAUCAGCCUAAAAAGUACUAUCAAUGCAAUGAUGAGCAAACUGCAUCGUCUGCUCAUCAACACUGCCAUCAUUCUGAACAAUCACAUACCAAAGAUCAUUAUAGUCAAUACUCUAAACAUGAUUUUUACCUUGAUUCAUCAAUGAACAGCAAUUGCAAUCAAAAGAAUCCGGAUUGUCGUCAUUACGACCAAUUUAGCCAUUCGCAUACUGUUGGAACCCCUUUGAGCUCAUCAUCUUUGAGCCAUUCAAACGCUAAACCUAAACUUUCUACUAGCUACGUUAUUUCCAACGAACCUAUUGUUAUUUCUGAUGAAAUAUCAUAUACAUCUUUACCUCCUACUUUGUCAUCUGAUAUAUCAGCAACUUCUCAGUCCAUGCCCACAACAGCUCACUAUCCAUCUGCUGCUACUACUCAACACUUGCAUAAUGAAUCUGCCUUGAAUCAAUUAAAACAGGAACCCAAGUCAUCAACUAGUGUUGUAGAUCUUACUGAAUCGGAUGAUGACACGCCGGAAAUUCAAGUCAUCAGUGUAAAAAACCCACCUAUAGAUCCAAUCGUGUGUUAUGGUAUGUUCAAUACAUACAUUACCAACAUAAAUUCUAAAAAUAUACAAGCAAGCAUUCAGAGCCAGAUCGAUAUGCCAGUAUUGCUUGAUGUUCGUUCUGCAGUAGAAAAAAAUCAUCGCUACUCAUUGCACGUCAUGGCAAACACUACAAGACUAGAACUUGGAGUUGUUGAUAAUCGCAUUACACAGCUGCUUACUCCACUACUUAGAGCAAUUCAAUUUCAAGCUUUUUUGCCUAUCGAGGGAAUUCAAAAGUCGCAUGCACUACUCAGGACUAAUAUCUAUGGUAUGCGUAGCAUUGCAACUCGUGUCGGUAGCUAUUUGCUAGACUGUCGUAUAGAUCUUCAAACACCAAAACAUAACUCGAAAGAAUAUGUCAAUCCCCAAUCAGAGCUACUGGCUAAUCGUGCCAAUGCUAUGCCUAAAACGUAUGCUUUGGAAACUUCUGCAGCUGAAACCUCUCUUGCCACUGCCAAAUCACAAAUUGAAUCCAUGUAUAAUUCUCUAGUAUCCGCUGAAAAAUUACCCGAGAUGGAUCCAAGCCCAAAGCUGUCAACUCCGCUAUACAAGCAUCAACGCCAGGCAUUGUAUUUCAUGACAAAUCGAGAAGAAGGUGUCGAAACUAUUAAUGGUGAUUCGUCAGACGCUGCUUCUUCUUGUAUUGGCUUUUGGACACAACUGCCAAAUGGCUUUUACAAAAACACGAUUACAAAUGAAAUAGUCGCAAAAAAACCGCAACCAACACUUGGAGGAAUUCUUGCAGACGAUAUGGGACUAGGUAAAACCAUUGAAGUCAUCUCUCUGAUUGUUAAAACAAUGCCACAAACUCCUGUUAGACUUCCACCAAAAUCAACCAAACAACCAAGUAUAGCAAGUAAUCAAUUUUCAGCCAUGUCUGCUCUUUUUCAUCAUAGUGACUUGUUUGGAUUUGCUGCAUCUAGAACACAAGAAAAUUCCGAAAUGUCCAAGAAACGCAAGCUUGAGUUGGAAUUCGACAAAAGUAGUGCAACUAUACCAACGCGAGCCACAUUGAUUGUAUGUCCCUUGUCUACGAUUUCAAAUUGGGAAGAACAAAUUGAAGCCCAUACAAAACGCAACAGUCUGCGCGUCUAUGUGUAUCAUGGUCGUCAGAAAUCGAUUUAUGCACAUCAUAUUGCCAAAUACGAUAUUGUCAUUACUACAUAUACCACUCUUGCCAAUUCUUACUUUCGUUCGCGUUCUCAAAAAAAGCCAGAUAAUUAUGAAGAUGAUAUAGGCGAAGACUCACAAUCCACUACUUCAACUGCUACCCCACCUUUACACAUGAUAUACUGGCAUAGGAUUGUGUUGGAUGAAGCGCAUAUUAUAAAAUCAUCAACGACAGUGCAAGCACGGGCAGCAUUUCUAUUACAGGCACAAAAGCGGUGGUGCUUGACUGGCACACCUAUUCAAAACCACAUGGAUGAUUUAUACAGUCUGUUGCGGUUUUUGCGACUACAGCCGUUUGAUGCUCUUGCAAAUUGGAAGUAUUACAUUGCAAGACCCAUCAAGCAAAGCACAAACUCUAUUGGUCUAACACGACUUCAAACUAUUAUGAAGGCUAUUACUUUACGAAGAACCAAAUCGCAGAUGAUGGAUGGAAAACCAUUGAUUUCAAUUCCAGAAAAAAUUGAUCGUGUAAUUCUACUAGAUCUAUUGCCCAAGGAGCGUGAAAUCUAUGAUGCCAUUCACGCCAAAGGAAAAAAGUUGUUUUCACAACUCGAGUCUGACAAUGCAGUAUUGAAAAACUAUAUAUUGAUUUUGGAAGUCAUUUUAAGAAUGCGGCAGGCCUGCACACAUCCAAAAUUGUGUAAUUCAAAUGAUCCAGAAAUCAGAGAAUUGAUUUUAAAAAAGGAAAGUGGAACGUCUGCUCAAAAUCCCAUCGAGUUUCUAGAUACGGUCAACGAUGCAAAUUCUUUAAUUCCAGCAGAUGGUCUUGUAGCCAACAACUCCGCCAAAGCAGAUGAUACAUCUCUUGUAUUGAAAACGUUCAGGUAUACUGCCAAGGAAGUUAGACACAUGCUUAUGCUAUAUCGUGAAAGUGGCGACGACAGAUGUGUGACUUGUGACUGUGUGCUGGAUGGAGUUGAACAGCCAAUUUUUAUUGGGUAUUGCGGGCACUUAUUCUGUAAUGACUGCUCAAAAGUAUUUCAAUCAGAAAAAGGAUCCGCAUGUUCAAUUUGCCAUACAGUUCUUACAUCUACCACGAUCCAAAGAUUUACAGGAAUAGAUACCGCCACAGAUAAUGAGGAAUCAACACAGAUCAAGCCGAUGGACGAGUAUACGCCAAUUGGAAUGACUGUAGCAAGUGAUGACUGGCUAACCUAUCCGACCAAAAUUAUAGCACUGAUUGAUUCAUUAAUUGAAGUAAGAUCUCAAACCAAAGCUUCUGAUUUGCCAGUGAAAAGUGUUAUAUUUUCCCAAUGGACAAAAAUGCUGAGUUUGAUCGAGGGACCACUUCUUACACAUGGAUUCAAGUUUUGUAAACUUGUGGGGAAAAUGGUGCUGUCUUCUCGUUCAGAAGCCAUGUUGAAAUUCAAAACCGAUCCAUCAGUCACGAUCAUGCUCAUUUCGUUGCGUUCUGGAGGUGUUGGACUAAAUCUUACAGCUGCGUCUCGUGUUUACUUGAUGGAGCCUUAUUGGAACCCAGCAGUUGAACAGCAAGCCAUAGAUCGUGUUCAUCGUAUGGGUCAGACACUUCCGGUAGUAAGUAUUCGAUUUAUUGUCAAGGGGUCGAUUGAAGAGAAUAUACAGGCCUUGCAACGAAAGAAACUUGAAAUGGCAAAGGCCACGUUUAAAGAAGAAGAUGAAUACACAGAAAAUGACGACGAGGAUAUAUAUGAUGAUAUGUAUGAUGACGAUGACGAUGAUGAAUCUGAUGUAAGAAAAAAGACGCAAGGUGCGGAAGUACAAGACACUGCAAAAAGUAGCGAAAAACGACAGCAUCAAAGUAGCAUAUCAGUUGAAGCCAAAACCAAACUCCAACAGCAAAAACAAAAACUAGCUAAUCUCCGACUGCUUUUUCAAUAA